AUGACUCUGUCGACGAUAACAAUAUUUUCAGUCGGCCGUUCAGCCCAGCGAGUGCUGAGUCAUUCUCUCCGAGCUGCGUCGGUGGUGCCUGGAAGCCAAGCAACCCAUCGAAGAUCAUUAUGGAAGGAUGUGAGUCCUCCAGAACCAAGCAUGAAAUGGUCUGACAUCACAGAUAGAGCAGCAAGAACAGCAUUCUGGGGAGAAAUGUUUACUGGUUUAGCCAUGGUUUUUGGCCAUUUGCUGAAGGAGCCAGCCACCAUCAACUACCCAUUUGAGAAAGGGCCUCUCAGUCCAAGAUUUCGAGGAGAACAUGCUUUACGCCGGUAUCCCUCUGGAGAAGAAAGGUGCAUUGCAUGCAAAUUAUGUGAAGCCAUUUGCCCUGCUCAGGCAAUUACAAUUGAAGCAGAACCUCGUGCUGAUGGAAGUCGACGUACCACGAGGUAUGACAUUGACAUGACAAAAUGUAUUUACUGUGGCUUUUGUCAAGAAGCAUGCCCAGUCGAUGCUAUUGUUGAGGGUCCUAAUUUUGAGUUCUCCACUGAAACACGUGAAGAGUUACUGUACAACAAAGAGAAGCUGCUUACCAAUGGAGAUAAAUGGGAACCUGAAAUUGCAGCCAACCUCCAGGCUGAAAAAAAAUUCUUAUUUUUUUUUUCAAAAAAAUUUUCUUCAAUUUUUUAA